AAGCAAUAUUUUGUGCUCUGAAUUAUUUCUUGGUUAUCUUAUCUUGCGUCAUGCCUUGUGUUUUACCUGCUGUUUCGGCAACACGUUUUGCUGUUGUGUCUUAAUAAUAGUAAUGACGAUAAAGCCCCAAAAAAUGUAAAAUUAGUUGUCAGAUUAAAAAGAAUAAGAAGAAACAAAGACAUUUCAAUACGGUAUAUGCUUAUAUGGUAUUGAGAUUUAUUAUGCUCAAUAAUUGUAACCACAGUGUGUUGUGGGAAAUGAUUCAAUUUCACUUAAUUUGUCUGAAAAUUAUUGAUUAUUCACUACAUACAACGUUCAUCUCUCUCUGCCAGCGACUUACAGUGACAGGCAAAUAAUUUAAAUGCUGUUCCAGAAGGUGCAAUUAACCUUUGGAUCCACCAGUUGCCAUUCAUGCAACAGAAUGAUAGCGUUGUGUUCAACUAAACCAGAUCUAGAUUUCACACGAAGUGAAUUUGACGAGUUUCUCAAGAUAAGAGCUGUCGCUCGGCGGAUUUCUUGUCUUCGGUUGUGAGCAAAAGUUUAAUUUACGAAUGCUAGAUGGUGGCAGCAAACGCUAACAAACAAAGAAAAUUACACUUGUAUUUAACAAAACCACAUUGCCUUAUGAAAGCCUGCUAGCUCAAUGCUAAAACUCAUGCCAAAACGCCAUAGACGGGCUAACGAAGCUAACAUUGAUGUAUUCUACCUUAUAUUUAAACAUAUAAAUUGAUCGUUGUUUUGUUACCGUUGUUCGUCCUCUCUUUAUUCUCUAUUUAUCUGAUUUCUUUUUAUUUUUUUCAGGGGGAAACUUCGUCCUGCACUCCCGUUCCAAUAUGGGGGAACACACCCGGAAAGAAGUGCGCCACAAACGUCUUUUUCUGACAGUGAGACGUGACGAGCCAACAUUCACUGCCUAAUCUUUAUCUUCGACUCAAAAGCUGUGCUGAUCUCAAAUCCAAAGCGAUGCAACGCUGCCAUCUACUGGGAUCUUAGAUGCGCCUUGGUUGAAUAUCAAAGCCAAAAAUUCCUUCGGCGGAAGAACAACCUGCAUUCAUUUACAUUCAAAAGGAGCAGCUCUCGGGGAUAACCCUCGCAUAUUCCGAAUGGAAUACACCCAUCCGCGUUUCGAGCCGAAGCGCCCACGCGCCAGUGACGAGCCGGUUGAUCCGUGGGAGAAGUCUCAGACGUGGUCAGCGUGUGACACGGUGACUCAGCCCGUAGGCGGCCUCUCCAGUCCUUCAAAAAGCCUCUGCCGCUCUGCGUGGAGGCAGGCAGACGGCUGGCCCAUCCUCAAGUUUCACUGCUUGGACCUUGCACACACACACGCACGCACACACGCACGCACACACACACACACACGGGCUCUCAGUUAUCUCCAGCUUCGGAUUAUAAAGACCGACUUUCAUGCAGCGGAUUUGGGCAGCCUUGCAUUUGUGCUCCAUAUGAGGGAGAAAAUCUUCAAGGCACCUUGCGUCCUCCUGAGUCUGUUCACAAGUUUGAAUCUGUGCUGUGGACAAUUUGGAACCCCGAUAACUGAUGAUGUGAGCAAGCUGUCGCUUCUGAAGCACAACAUCCCUUCCGAUUAUGAGAUUCCGCUUCAUUACAUUCCCAAAGAAGUGGCUGGUGCGUGCUGGGUGGUGUUGAACGUCUAUCCUUUGGAGCAAAGUCUUCGCAACCUGGCCAACAUGUUUGGGGCCGACUCCUCCAACAAGGAAAAUAUCCUGGUCUUCAUCGCCAUGCUGAAGAGCUUGCGCUUCACGUUUGACCACCAGGAACUGGAAACCGCGAUGCAAGUCUUCCAGUGUCACUACCAGGAGGGGAGCUUGAAGAACGAGCUGUAUUUCAACUACAUUGAGGAUAUCCUCCACGUUGCAGGUCAAGAGACAUCCAAAUUCUCCUGCAAGCCACCAUCGUGUCUCAGUACAGCAAAUGCACCAGGGGAUCACAUGGAAGGCCGUGAUUACGUAUGGUGGAAAAGAACGCCGUUGCUGUUGGUGUUCAUUCCUGUAACGGCUUGCGUCGUUCUCAUCAUAUGGCGGGUCACAUCUACGAGACAUUUACCGGAGCACGCUGCUGAGGAUAUAGAAAUGGCACCUUGUGACACCGUUCCCAGCGUGACUGUCUCCAUCCCGCUUCAAAGGGCCGCCCACGCCCAUGAAAGCAGAUGAAGAAUAAAGACCAAGGGGGGAAGGAUCUGUACGGGACGAGCUCAGAUGGCUCGUUCUGCCGAGAUGUGGCACGUCAGUCAAAUUGACACCACCUCCUGCGACGGCGAGCGUGUGGUUACCCUGACGCAGAACUCUCUUGGGCCACAUAUUAUACAAAUCGUAUAUGGACUUAAGGAACUGGAAAGAACCACUUCAUCAUUCCAUGCUUUCCGAUUUCUACUAUCCAAGUGGUGUGAUGCAGCAAAGCAGACGUGUAAAGCAACCAGGAUGUUGCUGGUGUUCCAAACCUCCUCUGACAUUAAAGGCAAUGUAAAAACGGAGGCCGGAGCAUCACGUAUGGAUUCCUGCAAUGCUACAAGGUGUAAAAUGUCCUACCACUGGACUCUGGAGCAUUGGAAAAGCGGGUGCUUGGGGAAGGCAAUUGUGUUCUUUGCACACAAAGCACAGUAAAAGCAUGCUUGGAUGGAGUUUCUGUGGAAGAAGACCAAUCAUCAAACGCCUCGGGAAUGGACGACCUGCGGUUUUAGAAUCAGGCGUCCUCGAGGCAGACAUGGGGACUCAAGUCAUCGCGACAUGGACUUAAGUUGACUUGAGUCACUAUUUUGGUGACUUGUAACUUAACGUGACAAAAACUAAAAGACUCAAGACUCGACUAGAGGUGUGAAGAGCUGUUGUACACACAUUCAGGUUAGAUAAAUUGGCCAAUCAUAUCACUGUCCGACCUUACUGGGCUUCUCUCUUUAUGAAGACCAGAUACUGCAGGUAAGACUGCAAAGGUGACUUGACUCAAGACUCGUCUUGACUUGAGGUAACCUGUGAUCUGAUUUGACUUUCCAAAGGCAAAAUGACUUGGGACUAACGGGUUGAACCCAUGAAUCCCCAAGUUCAACCUCUACCUUGGACUUGCUCGAGAUAUCAGUGACAUCAUCGAUAAAUCGACUUCGACUCGACUUUCAGCACAUUAUACAGGCGUCCCACUAUUUUUUAACACAUUGUGUAAUAUUACAGUAUAGCCAUUGGAGUUUGAUUACGCAUGUCUUGCUGUUUCUUUUAAUACCUUCUCAGCAUAUAAACACAUAGAAAGGGAUGCGUUGGAGCCACUUGUGCACUUGUUGUUGACAUUGCGAUGAUCGGUCACAGAUGGUAAAGCUGCCGGUCGCAAACAACACUGCGCCUGCGGUUCAACAAGGGUCCCACUUUGUGUAUCAAAGCUCGGAGCAGAUGGCAAAGAUAGCCGCGGCCAGACUGGCUGUGAAUCCCUCCAUUGUGUCCCCCUUCCACCCGUGAUCUAUCACUUCUUCUUCUUCUUCCUCUUCUACGCCACAGCAAAAAAGCGCUGGACUUUCUAAUGCCUCAUUCACUGAGUCAAUCCUGUUUCGGUCAUGAGAACAUGACUGUGUGGAGAGAGUGUCUCGCACACUCACACACACACACACACACACACACACACACACACACAGAGGGAAGACAGGAGGGUCGACGAUGUACAGACGGACGGAUGGACGGACGGGCGGAUGAGCUCAAUGAGGAGCAUAAGAGGGACGCUUGUUCUCGGCCCACAAAAGACGUGGCCGUAGGCUGGGGGAAAUGCCACUUACCAACACGACUGAUGUCGGCCCAGUGCGAUGAAUAAACGCGCUAGGAAUCUCUGCCGACCGCACAAAACUGCGAACGGUGAUUAAUAUUGCAAUAACAGUUUUUCAGUAUUCCAAUGAUUGCGUUCCAAGGAACCCCUUCAUUAAAAUAUAAACGAGUGCAAACAGCUAAAACAGAUUUAAAAAGUUAAGAAUUUGGGGGCUUUUGGGUGAAAUUUCAUGAUGAACUUAAAAUGCAACCUUUAACGGUGAACUUAAUUUAACCUGAUCUACACUUUUGAAUGCACAACUGUUUAAUGUUUCAGUUUCAUCCUAGAAUUUCACCUCAAAGCCCAAUAUCCCUACUUUUGGUGAGUAGUGUACAUUCCAGUGUAUGUUUUCCUUGAAAUUAGUAUUCAAAAGCGGUGUAAUGUUUACGGACGCUUCCAGGGAAAGUAUUUUUGUAAAUGUGAGUCAUUCUACAACAAAAUGCAGUGAGCACAUUUGUUCAUCCUACACGUUUUUGUCUGAAGACUAACACUUCUAUACUGUUUUUGCCAGUUUUACCAGCUUUAGAGACAUGUAUAAUCAUAAAUUGCUAAGUAUACUCAAAAGUGUGAAAUGAUAUCCUGUGUUUGGCCCUACUCUUUUUUGGCUACAAUUACAAAUCUACAACCUGUUUAGAGGUGUUUCUAAUAUUCUGGUUGGCUUAUUUAGCCACAAUGUAAAAAUGAAACUACAGUACAAUUAGAAACAGCUCAGUAUGACGCAGUGCAGUUUUGCACCACUGCGCCCCACUUGAAUGAAACAUGUAUUUAAAUGUAUGUUUUAUUAUUAUUAAAGUUUCAA